CAUAAUAUCUUGUUUAAUUUGGUAUGACUCAUUACAAAGACCCUUAAAGUUAAUGUUAAUAAAUAAAUAUAGUUCAAGAGAGCUAUUACACAGUUGGUAUGGUCCAAUGACCUCCGCUUGAGCAGCCUGAUACCAGUAAGCGAAGCUAAAAACCCGCAUCAUGGUGAACUUCGCAGGGAUGGUGCGUGAGCACUGGGUGAACGUCCUGGUCCCGCUGGGCUUUGUCAUCGGCAUCUACCUGGACAGGUGGAAUGAUCAGAAACUGACAGCAUUCAGGAACAAGAGCGCAUUGUACAGCAGGGAACUGAAGCCUGGUGAGGAAUAUACCUGGAAGUGAAAUCUUCACCCUCCUAUUUAUUGGACUUCCUGCUCUCUUAAUUUCCUCCCUGUCAUCCUCAAAGCUGUAAAUGAGUUUUCAAUAACAUUUGUGAUGUAAAAUAUACUGAUACCAAAAAAAUCCACUGUG